CGGUGUACGAGAGGAACCCUGUCCGCCUAACACUCCCCCUUCCCCACCUCGCCGCAUCCGUCGUCAAAUACGGCACUCUCGCACCCGAAUACUCCCUCUGCUCUCGAAUUCACACUGAUCCGUCCGUGGCCCAUUCUCUCUUUCCCCCACUCGCCUGCGCAUCUGUCUCCUCGGCGAGCGAGCUAGGCGUAGCAGGCGCGAGCUUUGUUGGGUAGAGGAGGAGGAGGGAGAAGGGAGGAGAUGAAGGCGGUGGAGCGCGCGAAGCUGGUGCGGAGCCUGCGGCAGGAGUCGCGGCGGCUGCGCCUGCUCGUCCUCGUCAUCGGCUUCUUCCUCGUCACCCUCACCUUCGUCGUCGCCUCCAAGCCCGACGCGCUCCUCUUCAACCUGAACGGCAGGUUGUCGGUGGACCAGACGCCGCGCUCGCUCCUGAUCCGCCAGCGGGUCGACGCUGACGACGCUGCAUCCAGGAGAUCCGCCGACACUCUCGCCGCUGCAGCCGAGGAUCCCAAGGUGGUCGAUGACGACGACGCCGGCGAGGAAGCCAAAGCCAACGCCAACGCGAAAGGGACCAGUGUAGAGGAGAAGCGGGUGCUCACUAGUGAGCCCGAGCAAGGCAGAAGGGAGGAGGCCACCGCAUCUGAGCUAUUAGUGAGAUUGAUGCUUGCUUUAUCUGUGAACCUUUGGUGGUGGCAUCUGUGCUGUAUAGUAGGUGGGGGAGGCGAAGAGGGGAGGAAAGGCGUGGAGGAGGGGCACCAAGAGCACCAGCACAAGGUGACCCUCCCAACUGUUUCCAAUUAUACCAUCCACGAUGCUGAGGACAGCGACAAUGGUAAGCAAGAAGAUGAGAAAACGGACACAGAAAUUAAGCUUGCGAAUGACAUUGACCGGAGCAACGGCGGGGACACAUCUCAGCAACCAGCCUUAAAUAAUUUGGUGUGGGGCAAACUGUUGUGUGAUUUUUCAAACUUCAGAGCAAAUGUCUGUGAGAUGCGAGGCAACAUUAGGAUACACCCGAAUGCCAGUUCAGUCAUGUACAUGGAACCUGCCGGUUCAAAGAGAGAUGAGCAAUGGAAAGUUAAGCCUUACCCUCGCAAAGGUGAUGAAUUAUGCCUCAGCCAUAUUACAGAGCUGACGGUGAAAUCUAGCAAAGUGGCUCCUGAGUGUACCAAGUACCAUGAUGUUCCUGCUGUGGUCUUUGCACUGACCGGAUACACAGGAAAUUUAUUCCAUGACUUCACUGAUGUGCUUGUGCCUCUUUUCACAACUGCAAGUGAGUUCAAUGGUGAGGUUCAAUUCCUAAUAACGGACAUGGCUAUUUGGUGGACAAGGAAGUACGCUGUGGUGUUUGAGAAGCUAACUAAGUACCCCUUGAUUGAUUUCAACAAGGAUGACCAAGUACAUUGCUUCAAGCAUGCCAUUGUUGGCCUUCAUGCUUACAUGGAGUUCACAAUUGACCCGUUAAAGGCUCCACACAAUUACUCAAUGGUGGACUUCAACAGGUUCAUGCGCAGGGCCUACUCAUUGCCUAGGGAUGCAGUGAUUGCACUUGGUGAGAUCCCCAAGACCAAGCCGAGACUGCUCAUUAUCUCCAGGCAGAGAACAAGGAUGUUCCUUAAUCUCAAUGAGAUCGUGGCGAUGGCUGAGGAAAUAGGUUACGAAGUAGUGAUUGAAGAGGCCAAUGUGAACUCUAACGUUGCCCAUUUUGCCAAGGUGGUAAAUUCCGUCAAUGUGAUGAUGGGUGUCCAUGGUGCUGGGCUCACAAAUUGUGUGUUCCUUCCACACAAUGCCAUAUUAAUUCAGAUUGUACCAUGGGGUGCCCUAGAUGGGAUAUGCCGAGUUGAUUUCGGCAACCCAGCAGAGCAAAUGGGCCUGCGGUACAGGCAUUACAGCAUCGGUGUGCACGAGAGCAGCCUCACGGAGCAAUACCCCCUGGAUCACAAGAUCUUCAAAAACCCGCUUUUGUUCCACAAGAAUGGAUUCGAGUUUGUCAGGCAGACCUUCAUGGAUAAGCAGAAUGUAAGGCUUGAUUGCAACAGGUUCAGGCCUGUACUCCUGGAGGCCCUUGAUCAGUUGCACCAAUAAAGACCACCGAUUUCUUUACAAAUUUUGGAUUCAUCAUUCUUCUCUUUGUAAAAUUCUGGAUCAUCCUCUGAUUACAUGAGCAAGAGAAAAAUUAAUUAUGUGUCUAAAUGUAGGAAGUGUUGUCUACACAUGGAUCGAAAUUCAGAUAUCCAUGAAUUGUUAGGUCCGUUUCUUGAUUGGAUAUAGAAAAGAUAUUUCGUUUUCUUU